CAUAAUUUUUUCCAGAUUUCGGUCAAAUCGGGACCGGUCGACGAUCGAAAGCGAUUAUUGGAUUGGGUGGAAAAGCGCACAAGAAACACAUUUGCUACCGUAUAUUCCAUAGCUGCGGAGUGCGGUGGCUGGGUGGCGGAUUUGGGCAGUCGCCAUCAACGCAUCCUCCACUUCCAGCCAUCCAAAUCUCCAAAGCUGAAACUUGGACACCAUUUCUGGUUAGGGUUUUCCUUUCCAAUGACUCAUUUCCACCUCCUCCUCCUCCUCCUAUCCGCCUUAAUCACGGUCUCUUUUUCCCAGAAAAUCCUGCGUAUCUUCCCAGGCGACACCCAGAUCACAAACGGCAAUAGGGAGUGGAUCAACAAUGACCUCUUCUGCGAUAGCUGGAGACUCUCUGUGGAGACCAACAACGCCGGCUACUGGGCGACGAUUCCAGCUCGAUGCCGCGGAUUCGUGGAAGCCUACAUGAAGGGCGACCACUACGUUUCGGAUUCCGAGGUGGUCGCCGUCGAGGCGAUUUACUUUGCGAGGGAUUUUGAUAUUGCCGGCAACGGGAAGGAUGCGUGGAUCUUUGAUGUUGACGAGACUCUUCUUUCUAAUCUGCCCUACUAUAUAGAAGUCGAUUUUGGAUCAGAGCCUUUCAAUGAAACUUCCUUUGAUGAGUGGGUGGAAUUGGCAAGGGCGCCAGCUUUACCAGCCAGCUUGAAACUGUACAAUGAACUCCAACGGCUUGGAUUUUCUUUGGUGCUGCUUACAGGGCGCUCUGAAACUCAGCGGAAUUCCACUGAGAAGAAUCUAUUAUUUGCAGGGUACAAAAAUUGGGAAAGGCUCAUCUUAAGGGAAGCCUCUGAUAUUGGCAAAUCUGCACUGAUAUAUAAAUCAGAGAAGAGAGCUCAAUUGGAAGCUGAAGGCUUCGUGAUUCAUGGCAGCUCUGGUGACCAAUGGAGCGACUUAUAUGGACCACCAAUGGCCACAAGAUCAUUCAAGCUCCCAAACCCAAUGUAUUUUAUCAAAUAACCUGUAUAUCUGUAAUUAUUCUUUGACCUGUGCAAAUUUGUAGGUCAAAUGUGUGGCAAGGCCAAUUAAUCAAGUGCCGAGGUAAGAACUGGAAACAUCCUUAUGCUUUUCUUGAUGUAGCUGCACAAUUUGAUCUCCUUGAACUUUAAUUUAUUUCACUCAGAAUAUUCUGGGGGAAAUAUAGUUCUAUUUAAAAUAAUUUGCUUUAAAAUAAAUA